AUGGUGGACGAAGAAGCUGAGCCACAUCCAAAGACUCCAAAAGAGGAUGCGCCGCACGGACGCCCCAGUGCCAGGCCACUGGACCCCGAGGCGGAGCACGAUGCACUACUGCAGCGUCUCUUUAUGCGGGGGAACCGCCCGCCAUGCAACCAGCGCCUCCCUCCGGAUGUGUGGGGCGACGAGGAGGCGUGGUCGCCCCAGCGCCCCUCUGUCUCGGAUAAGCGCGAGGUGUGGCCGACCGCUGUUCCUAGCGUGCCGCGGCACAGUGCGCCGCAUUCGGCACUGGAGCCGUCGUCGUCGCACUUGCCGCUGUCGCCCACGUCGCACCUGCCGCACUCGCCGGCAAGCGACGGCUCCGGCGCCGCCUUAUCGCGGCAUUCGAGCCUCGAUCACGGUACGUGGAUGGCAGACUCGCUGGCACCGAGCAUGCAGUGGCCGCCGCCGAAGCGCAUGCCCAUGGACCAUUCGCAGAGCUUAUCGCGAGGAUCGCGCCGCAAUGCAUCGCUGCAAGUCACGACCGAUUUCAACGAUUCCCUUCCCCACGGAGUCGGCGCCCGGUCCGCGUCCGCGUCGCUCUGGCCGUCGCGCAAGCUGGCCGAGUCGGCGACGAACGACUCGCCGCGUCGUACGUCGUCGAUCCGCUCGUCGUCGUCGCUCUGGCCGCCGCUUGCACUCCACGAGCCGCCGGCAGAGCGCGACGAGCGGCGGGGUUCGGAUCCCGUCGCGGCUCUUGCGCGCAUGUCGCUGUCGGAUCCUCCUAUGACGUCGCCGACGUCGAAAAUGGGCCUGGACCGGACCAACUCGCACCCCGCAUCACCCGCCGGUGCGCUGGAUGCGCAGGCGCAGGAAUACACGCCUUACAUGCCCUACUAUUACUCUUACAUGCCCCCUGCUUCUCCUUCUCUCUCUAUACCUGUGCGCUCGUUUGUCAUCAAAAGCUUCACAGACGUCGACGUGGAAAAGUCGCUUGUUCACGGCGUCUGGACGAGCACGGAAAAGGGCAACCGGCGUCUAGAUCAGGCGUGGGCGACCAGUGGCCACAUCGGCCCGAUCUACCUCUUCUUCUCCGUGAACGGAAGUGGCCGAUUUUGCGGUGUGGCGCAGAUGAUGUCUGGUCUGGACUACAGCCAGAGCAGCUCGAUCUGGGCGGAAGGACACCGCUGGAAAGGUCUUUUUCGUGUGCGCUGGCUCCUGGUCAAGGAUGUGCCCAACUCCCAGCUGCGCCACAUCCUCCUGUCGAACGUAGGCGAGGUCAAGCCCGUGACACAGAGCCGCGACACCCAAGAGCUGCUUCCGGCAGCCUCCAACGAGCUGCUGCGCAUAUUUUGUACAUACAUGAGCUACUCUACGCUCCCUGCCGCUGCGGAGAUGUACAACGGAUACCGCACUGACCCAUAG